AUGUCGUUUCGGGAAAUCUCAAGCAGGCUCUAUCCGCAGCAACGGCCGAAGCCAAAGCGGGGCCGGCACGCACUGUCCGUUCAAUUUCAAGAACCGCUCACCGAUCAACAGAAAACUCGUCUACAGCCGCCACGUCCGAUCGUAUUGUAUGGAGGGGACGUACGCAGCGGGCGUUCGGAAGACACGCUGUCGGAAGACGGGAGUCAAUCCUACACGGAAGUACUCUGGGAUCGGCGUCGACUGGACAAACAUGGUGCGAGCCGGGAAAUUGUCACGCGCAAAUCCACCUUGGCGAGGCUGACCAACGCGACGUUGCAAUUUCAAAAAAUGGUGGCCGAUCUCGAACACCUUCUUAAAGAGAGCGGCGAAUCGCCGGAAAUGGCGUGGCGUGCGAAAAUUCUGCUCACGUCUGCGCAGUAUACCGACAAAGAGCUGUGGAAGGAGCUGUACACCUACGAACGUACCUUGCUGAUCGAUACCCGCAAUGUGGCCACUAGCGCCGAACUCCGUACGGCGCAGACGGCAUGUAUGAAGCUGCACCGUGACUUCAAGCGUAUCCACAAGACACUUGUAAUGGUAGUUUCUCUACACGAAAAGCGACAGUCAGUAGAAAUUAGUCGAUUAGGGGCCGUUGGAUGGAGCGAGAAGCAUCGCGGCGACGAAGACUUUUUCGACAAAGCAAUGCGUCAAGACGAGAUCGAUCGAAUGAACAGAUCCAUGCACAAAGUCAACGACAUAUAUAAGGAACUUGGACAGUUGGUAGAGGUACAGCAGGAAGAUAUCGAUCUACUGGAGGAUACGAUUCUAGAUUCGAAAGCGAACGUUGAAGCAGCGGAUUGGGAGUUCUUCUGUGCUCAAGAGAGGACAAAUUUGUGUGCUAGAAAUGACAGUGAGGUCGUGUACGGUGAUGAGGAAACCUUUGGUUGUGGUAUGUUUGAACUCGAGAGCUUUUCCAGGUCAAUAAAUAUGUUCAUUGCUGAUGAAGCAAGGGAUCAAAGUCCAGAUGCACCCCAGCCGGAAAAGGAGAUGCGAGUGUCGGAAUCGUUCCACUGUAUGAUGCCCUUCGAAACCAUUACGGAAGACAUGAAAGCUGUUCAAGCCGAUAUCAUGGGAUUGGGGAAUGAUUUGGCAAGUCAACGCCAAAGCAUGGAAUGCGGUAACAAAGGCUAAGCUAGGACGCCCUCCGAUGAAGAGAUGCCCAAGGCUUGACGAGGGUCGCGUUCAAUUCCAGAACAACACACUCUCUAGAGGUGCUGCUUUGGUCUCCGUCUCCAAUUUACAAUGGUCAUUUGGUACGCAACAAUCCCGUUGACAAGCCAACGAGACUCACGGCGAUGGUAUUUGAGGGAACUGCCGUACUCUCUGUAGUCUGGUAAUUUUUGCCCCUAGCUAGUAGAGAAAAAGCGCUUCGAAAGAACCCGGCAAACUUGCAU